AUGUCGACCAAAUACGCUUUCACAAAGGGCCUAAAGGAGGUCCGCUUCCUCUUCUGCCAGACAUCCGAGCAGAGCGCAGCCACAAGGUCCUUCCUGACGAGGACGUACCCGACGAUGAAGAAGCACAACCCUUCCAUUCCCAUCAUGCUCCGAGAGGCGGCCGGCACAUCACCAAAGGUCUACGCAAGAUACGAAUUCGGUCAAGAGAAGAGUCAAUCAUUAGAGGGACUAUCAGACAAACAGAUUGAGGAGACAGUCACAACCCUUGUGAAGACCGGUGUAUGA